AUGAGAGCUGUCGGUGUUGUGUUGGUUUUGGCGGCAUUCGCUGUAAACGGUCAGUUUCCCUAGUUAUCAUCGAUUUAUUGAUUGACCUAUUCAUUUUUCAGAUGUCUUGUCUACAGCUCAGUCAUUUGAUGAGAGUAAAGUAUUGAAUGCCGAAACACGUGAUGAAUUGAAAUACGAUCCUGGCAAAGUAAUUCCAGCCAAGGAUGGUAAUAAAAUAAUCAAGGACAUUCUAACCCCUUCCGAAAUUGUAUGUUGAAAAUAAAUUCGAAAACCGAGAGAAAACAAAAUUAUUUUUCAGGAGUUAUCUGGUGAGCACCACUUGGUUGUUGCAAACAGUCAAGAAGCUCACGUUUUGCAAGUCGCCCAGAAGAAAGAUGAUGGAACACAUAGAAAUCCAUAUAAAAUUGGAGAACUUUUGGGAUACAUCUAUGAGAAACUUCAAUGGACUGGAACUGAUAGACCAUCGGCAGGGUGGACUUUUGAGCUUUUCAAAUAUCCCGAACCAAAACCAUCUGCAAAUAAAGAUGGAAAUGCACGUAAAAGAAGAUCGAAUGUGCCAACUCGUAAGGCUAGACUUGUUUUUACCAGAAAAGCUGUCAAAGCCGAUGCAAAAUUGGAGCAAGAAGAGAAGAAAUAG